GCUUCAACUGCGGACACAAAAUAAGAAUUUGUGAGACGAAAUCAUCAUCUGGCGACUGCGAUACCUUGUUCUUUGGCCAAGGAUGAUGAUCUAUAUAACCUCAACGACGUUGUUCUCAUGAUGAAUAGCUUUUUUCAGUCUGCAUCUACAUCCUCAUCCUCACCUUCAUUCACCUCAUCUCAGCUAUAAACUUCAGUCCCUUGGAUUGCCAUCCGACCUGAGCAAAUAUUCAUCAUCAGAAAUCACAAUGAAGUGGCUCGCCGCCUCCGCCGCCCUCAUCCUCGCAGCCCAUGUCUCAGCCAUCGCAGUGGACCCUUCCCUAGGUACACCGCCGCAGGGCUACGAGAUGUGCACCGAAGCCUUCAACUGCGAAGCCUACAAGGACGCCGAGGGGCGCUGGGCGAUGCGCAUCAUCCCGGGGCUCGAGUACGGGUCCGCGGGCUAUGAAGAGCACGUCAACAAGACGCGGGUCGGGCCCGAGAAGCAGGACCUCGUAUCCCGGCAGGAAUACUUCAACUGCGGCAACGCCGGAUACUGCACCGGCGUGGGGUCGAGUGAAGAUAAGCAGGAGUUUGGUGACGCUACGCCGAAGACUGUGGCCGAAUCUCUCUGGAGCCACUGCAAAAGUUUUCACUGCAACGUAGACUCCUGGACGUGGAACAUGAAGCACGCGCACGACGGCUCCGUGCAGGUGCCCCUGCCGCGCACGCUGACCAUCAGCACGACGGGCACCUUCCACCCAGACAUCCAAAAGGGCAUGCUGUCGGCCGUCACCGAGGUCUACGGCCGCACGCAGACCCAGGUGACGCGCCGAGGCGGAACCCCCCGGUUCGGGCAGUGGCAGAUGAAGUUUUGGCAGGCGCCGUCCCGCGUCAACGUCGCCCGCUUCAAUCAAAAGUCAAAGGGCCUCGAUGGCUUUCUAACCUCGAGCAUCACGUGGGACAAGUCAGGCAAUUUCGGCUGCGCCCAGAUCAACGCUGCGCUGGGGCCUGCCGCCGCUGCGAUUCGAGCUGCCGGUGGUCCGCUCAUGGGCAUCGUCAAUUUGUUCUGUCAAUAGACGGGGCUUGCUCCGAAAAGCCGAGGGGGUGGUUAGUCGGUGGGAGACGCUGGGGUGAGUUGUGAAAGCUGGACGUGUAACCUUUGGCUAAGUUUUGCUGUGUGGGCUCUUCGUUUAUAUCUAGUCUAGACUAGUCUAGAAUUAUACCCCUUCUGCGUCCGUGCAUUGGAAGAAUAUCAAGUUGUGUUUACUGUCGA